GGUUUCUCUCCAUCAUCAUCACCAUCAUCACUCAGAGUCUAAAUACUUCACAAACAACCACAUCUCUUCAUUUCCACUUGAAAAAUAUUUCACAAAUUCCCAAAAUGCUUUCCAAGACUAUUAUUUCUCUUCUCAUCGGAGCAACGAGCCUCGUGCAAGCUUCUCCCGUCCCAGAAACCCUGAACGAAAAACGCACCUGCGGAACCCAACUUUUCCCAAAUCAAAUUGUCCAACUUUCAAAGGCAAAUCCAAACACAGCUUAUCCAAAUACAUGGAAUACAGAUAAGUCUGUCAAGAUUAGCCAGGAUGCUGAUGCCAAUGGCAACCCUUCCAAUCAAUUCUGGGAACUCAUCUCCUUCCCCGCUCUCCCAGCCGGAUCCUACGGCUGCUCCCUCACUCUUACAUUCCCUUCAGACUACGCACCAUCUAUCACUGGCGUUUCUCCAGCUCUCGAUGUCUACACCGUUUCCACACCUCUUCCCAGUGGUCCAACAUUCAACAACAUCAGCCCUAAAAUUAACUCUGGUAUUUUCGGCUCUGUCACCCCUGCCAGCGGACAGAGUGUUGUGAUUAAUAGUCAGGCUUGCAAUGGGGGUAGUGGACAGGGAUUGGCGUUUGUGUUCAGAUAUGCGGAUUGGGUUCGUGGACAGGGGAGUGUGAGCUGGACCGAGUAUGUUAAUGCUUUGAAUGGAGCGGGUGCUAGAGGUGUUUAUUUGAAUUACAACUGUUAGAUGUUGGUGGAGAUAAUGACUUCUUUCGAUUAUGCUUAUUAUUUUGGGGAGUGGUGAAAUUGGUCUAGUUAGUUAUGGGAAGUGGAGUUGAGCUGGCA